AUGCUCUCAGAGGGAAAUUUGAGCCAGCAACAAAAUGAAACAAAUUCUCAAAGUCAAGCCACUGGCAAGUCCUCUGAUGCUGGCUUCUGUCCCAUCACAUCCUGGGACAAUCUGGAUGAUGAACACUCCCAAUCUCUCUCCUCAUCAGUUGGUAGUAGGCAUCCAUGUUCUGACUCUGCAGAAGACCAAGAGGAAGUGAAAUGCCAUCGCCUCUUUGCAGAUCAGGUCUGUAAAGACAAGGGUUUGCCUGAAGGAUCCCUGGCAAUGUUUUCAGAGCUUGAAGAUCCAAAGCUCAUGAUGAUCAGUCUCAUGGGUACAUUGAUUGCCUCCUCUGAGGCACAACAGCAGGUGAAGGUGCACAAAUACAUUGGAUCUCAAGACUAUGAGUCUGUCAUGAAAGACUGCCUGCAAAUUUGUCUCACUGCUCCAAACCUAACAGCUUAUGUCAGUGGUUUGGCAGACCGGGUCUUUAAUGCAGAACUUUCCAAUAAGAUCAGUGUCUUCAUCAAGGAGAAUUUGACAAUGCAGCAGAGCAUCAUGAAGCAAAAGAUCUCUAAUAGCAUUACAAACAAAGCAAAUAUCUCAGUUCUCACAAGGUCGCUGAUGGGCCCAGGUCCUGAAAUCACCAAAGCUCCUUGGGCAAGGUUUGCUUUUCUGCACUCCUGCUUCAUCAACUUUCAAAUGGUCAUUGAAGAAUCCAAGGCAGUGAGGGAAGCUGUAGGUGAUGAGGGCAUGAAUGAUGAAGAACAACUGGACACUGAGUGCACCUGGAACAUGACCAACUUCUGGAAAUAUGUCAACUGUCUUGUGCAAGAGAUCAUAAAGGAAGCUCAUAAUGAAGGGUCCGCAUGA